GUGUCCCGCGGCGGAGUUCCCGGUGUCCCGCACCAUCCGGGCAGUCCCGUCCCCGCCGAGCCCUGCGCAGGCAGCUGUGUUGGCCCUGAGCUGCUGCCACGGGCACCAUGAGGGGUCUCUGGGCCCUCGUGCUCACGGCGCUCGCCGGUGCCUGCGAGGGGAAGGAGCUGCCGCCGGCGGAAGGGGAGCUGUGCCCGCAGCUCUGGGACGAGGACCUGGCUGGGGACAAGUAUGAGAACAUAACGGGUUUUAACCUGAUUAAAAGGUUCGACCUGCUGAGGAUCUCGUCCGUCAAGAAGAUCCGCAGCCCCCGGGGGCCGACAGUGCUGCGGCUGGGGGCUGUGCCCCUGGUCCAGCCCACCCAGCAGGUGUUUCCUCGUGGGCUGCCCCCCACCUUCACCCUCAUCUUCACCUUGCUGCUGAAGAAAAACAGCACCGGGGAGCACUGGUACCUCUUCCAGGUCACCGACCGGCAGGGAUACCCCCAGCUCUCCCUGUCCGUGCACGGCCCCGAGAAGAGCCUGGAGUUCCAGGCCAGGGCAGCAGGGGCCGCGUUCGUCAGCGCCGUGUUCGCGGGGAAGGCCGUGGCGUCCCUGUUCGACGGGCGGUGGCACAAGGUGGUGGUGGCCGUGCAGGGACACGCCGUCUCCGUCCACCUCGACUGCUCCUCCAUCUCCUCCAAGCCGCUGGCACCGCGGCGGGCGCUGGCCCUGGAGGGAAACACCUUCCUGGGGCUGGACACCGUGCGUGGCACCCCGGUCCGGUUUGACAUCCAGCAAGCCCAGAUCUACUGUGAUGCCGAGCUGGCCCGGCAGGAGGGGUGCUGUGAGAUCUUGGCCAGCGGGUGCCAGACGGAAGCUCCCAAGACCCGUCGGCAGGCGGAGCUGAUGCAGAGCAGCAACCUCAUCGAGAUGGUGCCACAGCCCGAGGGCCGGGUCUACACCCGCUGCUUCUGCCUGGAGGAGCCGCUGGGCACCGAGCCGGUGAGAACCUCGGGGAGGAGCAGCCUGAAGGAGGAUCCCAAGGAGAAGUGCCCGCCCUGCUCGGCACAGAUGGCAUCAGCAAACGUCACACUCGGUCCCUCAGGUCCGAAGGGCACCAAGGGUGAGCGUGGCCUGCCCGGCACCGCCGGCGCCAAGGGGGACAAGGGUGACCGUGGCAUCGACUGUGUGCGCACCCACCCCGGCGGCCCCGUGCAGUGUGCUGAGGGGCCACGGGGUGAGAAGGGGCAGCGUGGAGAGGUGGGUGUCCCCGGGGCCACUGGUGCUGAUGGGGAGAAGGGCCAGAAGGGCCAGAAGGGCGAUGGGGGACUGCAGGGCAAGCCGGGGCGCCCAGGGCGUGAUGGCCGGCCCGGAGAGAUCUGCGUGGUGGGCCCCAAGGGCCAGAAGGGUGACCCUGGCCUUGUGGGACCCGAGGGGCUGGCUGGCGAGCCGGGACCCCCAGGGAAGCCAGGAUCUCCAGGGAUUGGCUUUCCAGGGAAGCCGGGUGACCCUGGUGGCCCCCCGGGUCCGAAGGGAGAGAAGGGCAGCUCGGGAGCUCCUGGACCCGGAGGAUCGCCUGGGACACCCGGUCCCCCCGGUGCCCUGGGGCCAAAAGGAGACAAGGGUGAGCCGUGUGAGGUGUGUCCCACUGUCACUGAGGGGACGCUCGGUGCCAUCGGGGUGCCCGGCAAACCAGGACCCAGGGGAGAGCCCGGAGCGCCCGGCAGGGACGGGGUCUCGGACAGACCCGGCCCUGCAGGACCCAAAGGGGACAGGGGAGAUCGUGGCAUCCAGGGGAUGAAGGGGGAGAAGGGGGACUCGUGCCUGUCCUGCGAUGUCCGUGUCCUCGCCGCGCUGCGCCGGGGCCCUGCCGAGGGGUUUGAGGGUGAGCCGGGGCUGCCGGGUGACCUGGGGCUCCCUGGGCUGGCUGGGAUCAAGGGUGAGAAGGGGGACGGUGGCCAGCUGGGACCCACGGGCAGACCGGGGCUCCCGGGAGAGAAGGGUGACCCGGGUGUGCGGGGGCUCAAAGGAGAGAAGGGGGAGCCGUGCGGGCAGUGCCCUCCCACCCCACAGGCCCUCCAAGGGGCAGCGACAGUGGUGGCUGUGCCAGGACCGCCGGGAGAAAGGGGCCAGAGUGGCCCCCCGGGCAGAGCGGGCAGACCGGGCGACGCUGGGCAGAAGGGGCAGAAGGGGGACGCUGGCAGCCCCGGGGACCCGGGCACGCCGGGCAUGGCCGGUGUCCCAGGGCUGUCGGGUGAGCCCGGAAUCAGGGGUCCAGCCGGCCCCAAAGGCGAGAAGGGAGACCCCUGCGAGCCGGGUGCUGCUCCACUCGGGGACCUCUCGGGCGUGGUUGGCAUCCCAGGAAAACCCGGAGCCAAAGGGGACCAGGGCCCCCCUGGCAUCGGCCAGCCAGGCAGACCCGGGAAGCCGGGGCUGCCGGGGGUCCGGGGCCCUCCCGGGCUGAAGGGGCUGCAGGGUGAGCCAGGACCGCGGGGGAUCGGCCAGCCGGGACCACAGGGAGACCCCGGGAGCACCGGACCCCCCGGGACACCCGGCCCCCCUGGACCCCAGGGACCCCCGGGGAUGGCAGCAGAGAAAGGUGCCAAGGGAUCUCCGGGGCCCAAAGGUGCCGUGGGACCUCCUGGACCACCAGGGACCAGUGUCACAGGGCCACCGGGCCCCGAAGGGCAGCGGGGGCUCCCCGGGUCCAGUGGGCAGCCGGGGGAGAAGGGUGCCCAGGGAGAGAAGGGAGACCCCGGGGAGUGCUCCUGCCCCCUCAGCCCCCGCCAGGAUCCCAACUACGCCGGGAUGCCAGGAGCCCCAGGGCUGUGGACUGGGAUGUCCUGGCAGCCACAGCCAGGCCCGCAGGGUCCCCCCGGAGCCCCCGGGCCCCCCGGCCCCCCCGGUGCCCCCGGUCGCCAGGGAAUGCCAGGACACAACGGUUUGCCAGGACUGCCUGGGCCUGCCGGAGACCUGGGGCCGCUGGCCGUCGUGGCUGAGAGGAACAUCGAGGUGCUGAAGACUCUCUGUGGGGACUGUGCCCAGCUCCAGGCAGCCUUGGAAGCCCCCAGGGGUGUCGAGGGGGAGAAGGGGGACGGGGGCAUGCCGGGUGCCCCCGGCAGCGAGAGCUGUGCCCGCUGCUUUGCCCAGUUCCCGAGAGAGGAGGCAGCUCGGGGUGACAGCCCUGACACUGACUGUCCUGGCCAUCCCGGGUUGCCGGGUGCCCCGGGCAUCCCUGGAGAGAGAGGCGAGCAGGGCUCACCAGGACUGCGGGGACCCCCUGGACCACCCGGGCCCAUCGUAAGUACCCGUGCCUGGGGUGAGGGGCUGCCAGGCUGUGUGGCCAUCAUGGUGUGGUCCUGUGGGGCUUGGAGGCCCUAAAAGCAAGUUGCCAAGAGGGCUGCCCCGUGCCCUGAGGCCGUGGUGAUGGGCAGAGGGGCACGGCAUGGCCUGGACGUCCCAGCCUGGAGAUGGAGGUGAAGGUGCUGCCAGCCCGGAGAUGGAGCAGGAGCUCUGUGGCACCCCGAGGGCUCAGCCCAGGCUCCCCCGUGCCCUUUCCGGGCCAUGACCUCCCUGUUUCUCCCCUCAGGGCCCCCCAGGCUUUCCUGGAACGCCGGGUGCACCCGGACUGCCUGUAAGGACCCAGCACGGCUCUGCUCUGUGCCCUGUGUCGUUGCCGCUUGGUUUGGCUGUGUCCCUUGUCCC